AUGCCGUGCCUAAAUCUGUCAACCAACGUCAACUUGGACGGCAUUGACACGUCCUCCAUCCUCUCCGAAGCAACCUCUGCCGUCGCCAAGCUCAUCGGAAAACCAGAAGCUUAUGUGAUGAUUGUGUUGAAGGGUUCUAUACCCAUAGCUUUUGGAGGUACUGAGCAACCAGCAGCCUAUGGUGAAUUGGUGUCAAUUGGAGGACUUAAUGCUGAUGUCAACAAAAAGCUGAGUCUUGCAGUUGCAGAAAUUCUUGAGUCAAAAUUGUCUGUUCCCAAGUCAAGAUUCUUCCUCAAAUUCUUCGAUUCAAAGGGUUCUUUCUUUGGAUGGAAUGGGUCUACCUUCUAA